AUGGACAUUCUGUCACCGUCGGACGGCCCGAAUGCAAAAUUCGUCGCGACCAACACGCAGUUUCCGACAUUCUUAGGAACCAUCCACGGAAUCUCCAUCGUCGAUCUCCUGAUCUGCCGUCCCAACGAACAGGGUACCCAGUCCAUCGAGGCUGUGACAAUCUUCACCACAGAUGAAAGUGACAACAACCAUAUGCUGUGGACUCUGAAGCACUACCUCGGCUUCAUCCUUCAUGGCCGCAGAAGGAACAACGCCUGUGUGUUCAAGAGGCAGAGAGAAACGAACAACCGGCCGGGGCAAGAGGAGGAGGCGCUCAAAGACCGGACCUUGGCCGCAGGGAGCACGGCUGAGCAGGCAAUCUCCCAAAGACAGCAUGACGUUGUCGGAGACCGGCUUGAGGGUGCGGUCGGAGAUCUCCGACAAGUGAGACCAGAGAGGCAAGACGCCAUCGGUGCUCGGGGGCUUUUGCGCACCGGACUCCAAGCCGAGAGGGCUGAAACCGAAGAGCUCGAGGCCGUCGUCGUAGGACCGUGUACAUCUACAGCCUCGUCAGUUCUUUGCCGAAUACAAAGUCCCAGGCCAGCAGCGAUAUGUGCGCUCGCUCCAGACACAGCCGUUGAUGGGGAAGAGGAGGACGGGAAAGGGAAGGAGGUCGAAGUCAAAUCUCACGAUUCAAAACGGGUUCUGCGCAGACUAUAUUCACGUAUCUAUCGCCAUCUAAGAUCCUGCGCAAUUUGA